UUCAGCUCGAGCAUGGGAAGCUUGACGGCACGCCUCGCAAUUUUCCUCGCGUUCUCACCGCAUCGAGGCUUUGGAGUGCCUUGUGAACCGAACGUGUCGCCUCGGCGCAGUGCUUUCCAAGACGUUUGUCAAGCCCUCCCGGCCUACGAUGCGGCUUUCAACGAUAUCAACAUGACUCAGAAGGUUGAGAUCCUGCAAUUCCUGGAGGAUAAGGUCGCGGCCGCUCUCGAUUGCGAGGAGCUGGAAACCCUGUCCCCCGGCGCUCUCGCGGAGCUCCUGUGCAAGCCGUGGAGAGUUGAGGAAAUUCGUGUUUUCCGUGCGAUAUGGCGCUGGCACCAGCGAGAUUUCGGACGCUGGGAAGGAAAAUCGAAGGAUCUGCUCAAUAAGAUCCACCUGGCCGCCAUACCGGCAGCGCUCCUGCAACACGAAGUUCUCCCUUCGAAACUUUUCGACUGUGCGCUGAUCGUUGACGCUCUCGCCGUGAAAAUUCGAUUCGCCGACUCCAUAGAUCUCUUCCAGCGCUUCAUAGGCCAGGAGAGUUUGAAUGUGAAUGUGAUCAAUGCCUCUCAGGGAGCCAGCGUGAUAUCCGGCACAGAUGGCGAGGUUCUGCUGUCGAAACAUCUUUUUCAGAAGCCCAGAUGCGCUCAUCAUGCACUGAGCGAUACUUCGGGAAUAACGAUCAAACUCGGAACAUCUCAAGUCAUAAAUUCUGUCCUUGUGCAUCUUUUCGACGACGACGGACGCGAAUACUCUUACUACGUCGAAGUCUCAAUCGAUGGGAUCUCGUGGUCCAGGAUAAUCGAUCACACUGGCGAUCUCGUGAAGGGCAAGGUUCUGGACAAGAUUCCGCCAACCGAGGUGGGCUUCGUCAGAGUCGUGGGAACUCGCAACACGAACGAGCGGAGUAAGAACAGUUUCCACUUGUGUGAGUUGCAAGCCGCUCUCUCUGAGUGA